UUGAUAGCUGUCAGGUCAUAUUAUUUCUUUUUUCGUUUGACUGGAUUAAUAUCAUUACAAAUUUCAUUGAGUUCCUUUCGCUAUGAUUGCGGUGAAAUUAUGUCUAGGCUUGCUUUUCUUUGUGCUCGAACAUCAAUGCCGUGUGGUCAUCCCGCAUGAGAACUGUACAAACAACGUAUGUUACUUUGACUUUGUCGUGGACUACAAGUUCACCAUGAUGUGGUACAAUUACACCAACCCCAGGGAACCACAAUUUCAACCUGUUGUGAUGCGAGACGGCAUAUUACAACGUCGGGUGUCAAAUGUAGCAUGCAGGGAACAGUAUAUUCCACUAACGAGGGAAGAAAUGAAAAAUGAUGUGUCUACUGGUGAUGGGCGAUAUAAACUUGUGUAUGCAAUCAAUGGAGAAAUUCCCGGACCUAACAUUGUGGUUUUUGAGGACCAGGUCGUGUCCAUCACUGUUCGCAACGCUUUAAAACUGGAGGGCGUUACCAUUCAUUGGCAUGGGUUGGUACAGCGUGGCACACCUUGGAUGGACGGACCGGAUAUGAUAUCACAAUGUCCAAUCAAUCCUGGUCAAACGUUUGAAUACAGGUUCAUUGCUUCCCCUGUUGGAACUCAUUGGUACCAUGGUCACAUACACAGCCUUCGAUCUGAUGGCCUUGCAGGUGCUAUCAUCGUGUUACCACGGAUCCGGCCCCCUAUCGGCAUACCAGAAGAAGCAAUUCCUGACGUUGAAGCCGAGUUUUCUGCCGUGUUAUUCGAUUGGAUGAAAACCACAGCACAAGAGAAACUACAAGCUAUAAGAGGCGGAUUUGGAUUCUUGGACGACUACGACGGACAGUGCAAGCCGUUGCCAGUUAAUCAUGACGGAUCUGUCAUAUUGUUAAGGCUGUAUAUUGGUCUGGUCAAUGGGAAAGGCCAGAAGUUUAUUAACAAUGAUCCAACCUCUCCAGAAAGAGAUUACUUGCCAUUUGAGACGUUCACUGUAUUACAGAACCGUUACUAUAGGUUUAGAACUAUCAACGCAGGAUUUGACGUAGGAUUUGAAAUUUCUAUUGAUGACCACAUGCUGAUCAUUGUUGCGUUCGAUGGCAACGAUGUACAACCCUACAAGACAGAUAUUGUUGUUGUUCAACCCGGUGAAAGCGUGGAUUUUAUCAUUUUUACAAACAGACCAAUAGGCAAUUAUCGUAUGAACUACUUUACAACACCUAUUAGAGACCUCACUGGGGAAACGUUGGAUAACCGUGCACGCACCUAUGCUGUAUUGAAUUAUCAGGGGAUGGACGAAAACAGAAUUCCUAUCAUAAGACAACGAGACUGCACCUCGACUGUACCGUGCUUAGCUGUCAAUCAAGUUUUCGGCCUCUACCCUGCCGGCAUAAAUAUUGUCAGCAUUCCGCUAACUAGACUUCAAUCGACACGGUGGGCCAUAAGGAAAACUCCCGUCCCUAUUGUAACACCUGGAAGAAAAAAACAGCUGUUCUUUCUAAACUUUAAUAUUGAUGGAGGAAGUUCUAACAUUAACGGUCACCGGUUUGUCAAACCAACUUCAGCGCUUCAGACGUAUCCUGGUCCCGGCGCCACAACACCAUGUGGACCCGAUACCUGUACAGACAAUGACUGUCGUUGUACUCACACGCUCAAAUUUGAUUUGGGAAAUGUUAUAGAAAUGGUUAUUUUCUCCUACGGUAAUAUAAAAGUAGUGCAUCCUGUUCACCUACAUGGCCAUCAUUUCCACGUUAUAAAGAUAGCAUAUCCACCCUUUAAUCCGGAAACAGGAAACUCUACUGCCUUUAACCCUGAUAUUCGAUGUUUAAAUGAACCAUGUACAAGAGCUACAUGGGCGGACCCCUCUUGGAUAAACGGAAACAUCCCUGGAGUUAAUCUUGUUAAUCCACCUCUCAAAGAUUCAGUCAAUGUUCCGGCAAAUGGAUAUGUCAUCAUUCGAUUCAUGGCAGAUAAUCCUGGAUACUGGUUCAUGCACUGUCAUUUACAACAUCAUCAGUUUGAAGGAAUGAACUUAGUUAUGCAGGAAGGGGAGGUUCAUGAAAUGGCGCCUUUGCCUACCAAUUUUCCAACAUGUAACAAUUUCCGGGUAAACCCAAAUCAAUUUUACAGUAUCAUCAGAAACCAGAAUAGAAUGCUUGCUUCAAAAGGGAUUACCCAAAGUUUUACUUCUGGACAAGCUUUCGCAGAAACAAGUAAUGCCGCCAAAAUGUGUUUAUUGUUCCCAUGGAUAUGUGACAAAAACCACUAUGUGUAAACAUUAACUAGAUUGUUGCAAUUAGAAUUGGGGCAAAAUAAAAUAAAGUUGAA